AUGGCUCCGAUUUUGCAUAGCUCAGAAUGUGAGACACUGCCUGUCUCAAACCCAUGUUUGAUUGUUACGCCAGAUCAUAAACUUAUAGCAGGUAAUGCUCCAAUUCCACAAUGUCAACCUAAUCAAGUUAAAAUACAUAUUAAGUGUACGGGUAUUUGUGGAUCUGAUAUUCAUCUUUGGAAAGAGGGAGGUAUCGGUGAUUUAGUGGUUACUGAAAAUUUAGUGUUGGGUCAUGAAACAGCCGGACAGGUUAUUGAGGUUGGUAGAGAAGUCACCAAUGAUAUUAAAGUUGGCGAUAGAGUUGCAAUAGAACCACAAGCUCCAUGUAUGAAAUGCUACUUAUGUUUAGAUGGUCAUUAUAAUUUGUGUGAAGAUGUAGCCUUCUUAGGAGUUCCUCCUACCAAUGGUUCCAUGCAAAGGUAUUUAUGUACUGAUCCAAACUUUGUUCAUAAAUUGCCAGACAAUAUGUCUUACGAACAAGGUGCCUUGUCGGAAAUUGUUUCCGUUGCUUUCCAUGGUAUUAGAAAGGCUGGAGGAUUAAAUCCAGGAGAACCUUGUAUGAUUGCUGGAUGUGGACCAAUUGGAUUAGCUACCUUAUUACUCGCUGAUGUUUCGGGGGCGUAUCCCAUAGUUGUAUCUGAUAUAUCUGACGAAAGAUUGGAAUUUGCCAAGACAUUAGUCCCUUCUGUUAUGACAUACAAAAACGAUACAUCUAUAUCCCCUAAAAAGAAUGCUAAAAAUAUCCGGAAAAUGUUUGGAACUACUGAAUAUGUCAUGCCUCCUGUUGUUUUAGAGUGCACUGGUUUUGCUUCUUCCAUUAAUUCGUGUUGCUAUGUAGUCAGAAGAAAUGGAGUUUUGACAAUUUUGGGUGUUUCGGGGAAAAAUGAAUUGGAUGGAUUUCCCUUUAUGCCAUUAUCUCUAGGCGAGGUUGAUGUUAGGUUCAUUAAUAGAUAUACUGAUACCUGGCCUGCCGUGAUUAAUUUGAUAAGUUCGGGCAAAAUUAAUGUUGACAAGUUUGUCACUCAUGUAUUUCAAUUAGAAGAAGCCGCUAAAGCAUUAGAAUGUGUUGUUGAUCGAAAUGUGCCAACUAUUAAAGUUAUGAUUAAGGACGAUUGA